CUUCCUGUAUUUUGUAAACACGGGAAUCAAAAUUCACAUCACUUAAAUUCAAAAGAUAAAUUUUAAAUGUAUUUACACGAUAUAGUUUUAUCUUGCUAUUAUAUUAAUAUUUGUUAAAAAAUAUUUGAAAACAAUGUCAACCUAGCUGUAUACAUGUUAUAAAAGCCAAAAUGCCGAUCCAACAUUAUGAUGACAGUGACAUCAGGAUGCGUGUUGGAUAUAAUGGAGACAUCCUGAUAACCUCUGUGAGUCACGAGAUCACUUACCCGGACUUCUGUGCCGAGGUUAAGGAUAUAUGCAAGUUUGAUGAUCAACAGCCAUUCACCGUUAAAUGGGUGGAUGAGGAUGGAGACCCCUGUACCAUUUCCUCACAGAUAGAGCUGAAUGAGGCUAUACGACUGUAUGAACUUAAUAAGGACUCUGAGAUUAAUAUGCAUGUGUUCCCAAAUGUACCUCGCGAGCCUGGCUUGCCCUGUAUCGGUGAAGACAAAAACAUGUACCGACGUGGAGCUCGUAGAUGGAGGAAACUUUACAGGGUCAAUGGACAUCUCUUCCAGGCCAAGAGAUUCUCAAGGAAAGCUGUGUGUGAGUUUUGCCAGGAUCGUAUCUGGGGUCUCGGCAGACAGGGCUACAAAUGUAUACAGUGUAAACUCCUUGUCCAUAAACGGUGUCACAAACUUGUCAAAAUCACAUGCGGUACUACAAGACAGCCUUUGCAAAUGCCAUCCCGGGAACCGUCGGGAGAGGCCCCGCCCCCAUACAUCGACAGAAAUCAAGGUCAAGGUCAGGCCCUUGGAGAGCCGAAUGGGGAGGCUAGAAAUACCACGCAGAUUGACAUAGGAAAAGAGGAACAAUGUGUUGAAGUGGCAGAUGAUUUAAAAGAGGCUGAAUCUUCUAGUGACACUGCUAAGAUGGUAACCAUGCACGACUUCAACAUCUUGCGUGUGAUUGGUCGAGGCAGCUACGCCAAGGUGAUAUUGGUCGAGCAGAAACGUUCCAAGCGUCUCUACGCCAUGAAAGUGAUCAAAAAGGAGCUGGUCAAUGAUGAUGAGGACAUAGACUGGGUUCAGACAGAAAAGCAUGUAUUUGAGACCGCCACCAAUUACCCAUUCCUUGUGGGCCUUCAUUCAUGCUUCCAGACUCCUAGCAGGCUGUUUUUCGUGAUAGAGUUUGUGAAUGGCGGGGAUCUGAUGUUCCACAUGCAGAGACAACGACGGUUACCCGAGGAACACGCGAGGUUCUACUCAGCCGAGAUUAGUCUUGCCCUCAGCUUCCUACACAAAAGAGGUAUUGUGUACAGAGAUUUAAAGCUGGACAAUGUUCUCUUGGAUUCUGAAGGUCACAUCAAACUUACAGAUUAUGGAAUGUGCAAGGAGGGACUCUGGCCAGGGGACUCUACCAGCACAUUCUGCGGAACGCCUAACUAUAUAGCUCCAGAAAUACUGAGAGGAGAAGACUAUGACUACAGCGUUGACUGGUGGGCAUUGGGUGUGCUCAUGUUUGAGAUGCUUGCGGGGAGAUCACCCUUCGAUGUCGUCGGGAACCAGGACAAUCCGGACCAAAAUACAGAGGACUACCUCUUCCAGAUUAUUCUGGAAAAGACCAUCCGAAUUCCAAGGUCACUGUCAGUGAAAGCUGCAUCAGUUCUUAAAGGUUUUCUGAACAAGAAUCAAAAGGAGCGUCUUGGGUGCCACGCACAAAGUGGCUUCGCAGACAUCCAGUCGCACGCGUUUUUCCGCACCAUUGACUGGGAAAUGCUACAGAACAAGCAGAUCGCCCCACCCUAUAGACCCUCGCUGAAGGGAGAGAGAGACCUGGAACAUUUUGACCCCGCAUUUACCAACGAGCCUGUGCAACUUACACCAGACGACCCAAAAAUUAUAGAGAAGAUUGAUCAGUCAGAGUUCGAUGGAUUUGAAUAUGUGAACCCACUUCUGAUGUCGAUGGAAGACUGUGUUUGAAUGGUGCUGUAGAUGUGUAGGAGUGCUUGACCAAUGACAUUCCACUUUUCCAUGGAACUGACCAAUGAAAUUGAAUGUACCAAAUAUUCAAAGUAUAGAUCUGAGAUUUGUAACCAAGAUUUGUAUUGGAUCAAAGGGACUGGAUAAUUAUACAAUAAGAAUAUAAAUUAUUCAAGGUUUGGUAAUAGGUAAAGGUGGUUGUAAAAUUAAACUACAAAAUUAGAGUCAUAUUAAUUAUGAUCAGAAAAGUUGCGUGCAGGGCUCAUAAAAGCCUGAACUGCACCUAUGUCUCAGUAUUUCUGUAAAGUAAGUUUUAUAUUAUUCUCAUUUUAAGGACUUUUUGUAGGAUUUUAUAGUUAUUAUUGAUUAUUUAUUUCAUAUCUUUUCACGAGUUGCAAUAUGUUGGUAGUCGUGUAUUUUUUACAAGAUUAUACACAAAAAUGUAUAAUAUAUCAUAAUUAUCAGAUGUUUAAAUAUAUAUGCAUUAAUUCAUUUAUUUAUCCUUAUCUUAUACAUGUACAAGUAAAUUAUUUGAACAUUAGUUUAAGUACCCCCCAAAAAUCAUUUUAGUUUUCAUAAGCUCCUUUUUGAAAAUCAUAUGAGGGAGGUUUCAUUCCAUCAUUUUUUUCCUUGCCUACUUACUAUAAAAUAAUUAAAUUACAAUUAAAUAACAUCUACAAUUACCUUUAUAUUAUAUGACAAAAUAUUUGUUAAAGUACCAAAGAUGCAAUGCACCUACAGCCAACUUUCGGUAUAAUUUUAUUACGCAAAUAAUAGCAUUCCUUAAAAACAUAAACACAUAUCAGGAAUGCGGCGGUGCAUGAAAAACUUAACAUUUUAUUUCUGCCUUAAUAUGUAUAUGCAAAAAAAUAAAACUAUAUAAAAUUUUCUUUAACACCCCUCUGUUUUUUUAAGUCGUAAAUAAUCUUCUUUCCCUUAAAAGAGAAGACAUCUAAGCUCUUUUUUAUUGUUUUGGUACAAGUCAUGUAGUUUUCCCUUUUCAGUUAUUUUUGAGACUUUUAAAGGAUGAUCUUUUUAAGAUUGUCAUGAUGAAAAUUAUUUGGUUUAUUAAAUCAAGUUUACGCAAGUGAUUUGGAUAAAUUUGGCCCAUAAGUGAAGAUUAGCAGUAUGUGAAAGUGUGUCUAUUGUAGCCUUCAAUGUGUUAUAUGCUUACAUUAUUUUGAGAAAUUUGGGCCCUUAAAAUAUUUUGAGAAAUUUGGGCUAGAGAGAUUUUGUAUAAAAUGGGACAUGAUAGCUACUUGUUAAACUAUGGCUAUAAUUUUGCACAUUUAUUUAAAACUAUGUUCGAAUAUUUAUAAACUUCUUUGCCACUACCAAAUCAAAGAAGGGAGGUGUUGAAGCUUAUUUAUACUCGCACUCGGGCCUUGCCCAUUCAGCGAAUGCGCAGAUAAGAUUGUUAGUCAUUUUAGGUCAGAGAAUGAAAGAAUCUACCAGGGGCUGUAUUUAUGCAGUCACCACCUUAGAUUUCACUUUAUUUUAAGAUUAGAAGUUUUUUGAUUGGUCAGUUUAAAUAACUGGCCAAUGAACUGAAUGGAUUCACUAAGGCGUGUCUAAGAACAAGGAUCGUAUUGAAUACGGCCCAGUUCAUUGCAAUAUGUGUCAAAAAAUCAUAAAAUGAAGAUUUUUAAAAGAUUUGGAAUACACAGAGCUUCUUGUAUUGAGAAUAUUUUAUAUAAAGUUAUGAUUUACAAAAUUGAUCAGAAGGAAGAAUAUCGAUGGCCUCACUUUCAAUUGUCGAAGCUACAAAAUCCGUUGUUAGUAUUUAAAUUUGAUAAUUUGAUCACACAUUUUUUUUAAAAAAUGCUGUAGUUACAAUUUUUGUGGUUACAAUUUCUGAAGGUUCUGCAUUUUUGCUUCUCUGUGAGAUGUCCAAUCAUUGCUCCACAUUUUGAUCACAUGAUGUAGCUCCAUUUUCUCAUCGGACUAUUUACUCGGCAUUUUGCAGUAAGAUGCAGCUUGCUAUUGUGAUUUUAGUGAUGUAAAAAUGUAGCUUCGGCAUUUGGAAGGGAGGCCAUUGAUACAUUGUAAACAUUGUUUUAAGUAAGAUUGCUGGCCUACUUGAUUUGUGACAGGAUUCAAACCGAUAUAUGUAAUGUUCCACAUAUAUAAUGCCAGUUCAUUCAUUUUGAGAUUUUUUCUUUAUUAUUUUGAAUUGCCAGUUCGUGAAAACUCAUUUAUUUUAUAGAACAUACAUUACACACUAUAUACAAAGAGCUGUUACAAUAACAGUAUAACAUUUGGGCUAAAUCGUUAACAUUUUGAGAAGUUGCUAAAGUAUUACAUUGUAAUAUUAGUAACAAAAUCGUUUAAAGCUGCACUCUCACAGAUUGAACGUUUUGACUUCUUUUCUUUUUUUCUUGGAACGAGCCAAUUUUUGGGAAAAUCCAUGGAAACCAGUUAUAAAAGACUGCUGACAAAAUUUAUAUAUAUAUAUAUAUAUAUAAGUUCAAAAAUUUAUCAUAGUAACGGUUUAAGCCAUAAAACAUUAAUUUUCGGACAGAAAUAUGAAAAUCUACCAUCUGAUUGUUGGCAGCAAUCCUAUGUCAUUGGUUUGCAGAUUUUUUUGCAAAAAAUUGCUCUUUCCAAGACAAAAAAUAAAAAAAAGUUGUUAAAAUGGUCAAUCUGUGAGAGUGCAGCUUUAAGAAAUGUAUGAGUUUGAAAAAAAAAUUAAAUCAAUAUGUUAACAUAAGUACCAAGUAAUAAUAUAUGUUGUUGCAACAGUUUUAAAAACUUAAGCUUUUUGCUAACAAUUGUAUUAAAUAUUAAAUCACUUGAAAGCUAAUGCACCAAACUGUUUUUUGUAGUCAUUCAACUAUUGCAAAGUAUAAGGGGGCAUCUUAGGAAUAAUCGUACAAUAAAAUAUUGUGAGACUAAGAAAUUCAGUUUAAUUUUAGGUACAGGUUGGGAAUCAAAUUAAAAUGCAGGGAUGUGAUUUGUCAGUGCAAUUGUGGUUCCACAGAACUUAUGGCUCCAGAGACUUCCCCCAGCCCCCAGCCCCCCUAAAAAAUAAAUAAAAAUAAAUGAAAUUGAAAUAAUAUCUUUUUUAUAUGAUUAAAAAAGGUUAACUGGAUGCGGUUGCUUUUUGGUUGUUACUUUAUUUUUUGUAAGUAUCGACACUCCAGUUUGAUUCACAUUUGAAGUCAAGAGAGCAAUCAAAAGGGAUUCUAAAAAAGCCUGUUUUGUUUCUGUGGCAGGAUGCUGCAACUCCUAUGACCCCCGCUGUGGGUCCAAAAAGCCUCCAAAACCGGUCGCCGAAAUUGCUUCAGCACAUUUUUUGCCAGAUCAAUCACAUCCCUGAAAAGUUUACCUACAAAAUCAAAUUAACUUUACCUGACUGACCAAAUAAGCCCUUUGUUUCUGAAAAGUUAUAACAAAUACUCAGAAAUGUUAAUUUUUAAAAGUUAUCAUUCGAGCAUUGGAAAGAUUGCCCCCAAAACAAAAUAAAAAAUGUCAUGCCAGUAAGCUUUUUCAUAUUUAAUUCAUUAAUGUAAAUAUUGUGUAUUAUAUAUUGUGUACAUAAUGUUGUAUCUUUACCAUAUUAUUACCUGCUAUUCACCUAUGCAAUUACAGUGAUGCUACAACAGUGUUUUAUGCUUAGGCCACACAAAAUUGAUGUUUUAUUUGACAGGUUUACUGUGACUAAUUUUUUUUAAUAAUAAAAAAAAUAUUAUUAUUUUUAAAAAUAAUGAUAAUAACAGGCUGCUUUUUAUUACCAUCUAAGAAUUCUGGAAUAGAAAGUCUGAAUGAUAAAAAUGUUAAAGCUGCACUCUCACAGAUUGGCCAUUUUUACAACUUUUUAAAAAAAAAUUAUCUUGGAAAGAGCAUUUUUUUGCAUAAAUAUCUUCAAACCAAUGUUAUAAAAUUGCUGACAAAAGAUCAGAUCGCAGAUUUUGAUAUUUCCGUUCGAAAAUUAAUGUUUUAUGGCUUAAACCGUUACUAAUGGUUUAAGAAAAAUGCAUAAGACAUCAAUUUUUGAACUUAAAUAUAAAAAUCUGCAAUCUAUUUUUUUGUCAGCAGUCUUAUAUAACUGCAUGGUUUCCAUGGAUUUUCGCAAAAAUUGGCUCGUUCCAAGACAACAAAUUAAAAAGUUGUUCAAUCUGUGAGAGUGCAGCUUUAAAGCUGCAAUAGACCAGUACUUAAUAUAUUACCUUUUAACAAAAUUAAAGUUUGAAAUAACUUUAAAAUGCGAUAACUAUUUAACCUUGGCAUUCCAAGUAUUUCUUGUUUGAAAAAAUGAAUGUUUGCUUCGUCCACUUCUGUAUUAAAACUAAAUGAGAAAAUAGUAUUUUUGUAAAAACAAAAACGCCAUCUCUAUUCAUUUUUUUUCAACCAUAAUAUGUUCAACAAAAGGUUAAAUUUGUGUGGUUUAAAUGUGUUCAUGUAAAUGUCCUAGGAUUUAUUUGAUGCUAAUGUGCUUUGUAAGCAUUGAUUAUGUUGAUCAAAAGACAUUUCAUUUUACUUUUAAGUUUGAAAUACUUUUUUAAAAGUUGAACAGGUACUAUCAUAUAUACCUUGUAUCUACUUAAAUUAUAUUGUAUACAUUAGGUUGUAAUGCUGAAAAGAUUUAUAAGUGUGCAUAUAUUUCAAAGAUAUAUUAUGUAUACUUAAACGCCAUUUAAAAUUGAUUUAAGCUAUGUUUUGCUAAUAUGGUAAGAGAUAUUUUAUACCACUAUCUAUUCCAUAUGUCUGUGUAUUCAUUAUGUGAUUUUCAUAAUAUUUCAAAUAAAUACAAUCAGCAAG